UUUUGGGCUUGGUUCCGAGCGGUAGUCCCACUUUUUGGUCUGUGGUUGUGGACAGAGAUAAGAUCGGUUGUAGAAAAUAGGAGGGAUUCAGUGGAUGAUGUGCAUCAAUGGCGAGAAGGUGUUCUGGCGGUAUUUACAGCGGUGUCUGUCGCUCUGAAGAUAGUCCCAGCCACUGCGAUAAGGCGAAAUAUUCGCAUUUCGCAUGCCGGAUGGGAGAUUCCCUCCCGCAACGCGUCCGCGUCAGACACGUAACCACGUGCUUGGAGUCUUCGUGCUUUGUGCCUCAGGCCACAAAAGGCAGUAACAAGGCAGACAUGUCAGACAUGUCAGCUCCGUCACAAAUAGGAGGCGGUACUGUACCUAGUCAGCUUGAGGAUCAUGCUUCUUUACAGAAAAAUUGAUGAUUAUCAGGAAUACACCCGGAAGAAACGCGUUCUUCCUCAGCCACAGGCUAGAUACUUCAAUCCACCUAGACAAGCUGAAUUUGGGAUUGAACCACCUGCAGCACAGCACUGUUUUU